GAAAGAGAAGGAAGCAUCAAAUCGAGUUGGGCGUUUGACCUCGACUGUUACAGAAAACAGACCGAAGCGACGAAGACGAAAACGAAGACGAAGAUUCAUAUAUCUGAAAUCCGCAGCGCCUUGGCGCCAAUUCUUUCAUUCUUCACUCAUAUCAGCAGUGACCUUUCUCAAUUCUACACUUUCCGAACCAGCCGGCCAUGUAUCACGCAAACGAUAUGCAGCUGGCUAUCCGGAUACCGACAUCGCCCGCCGCCCAAGAUUCUACACAAUAUAUGCAAGUCGAUCAGGGCGACAAGUCUUUAGUUGUAAGGAACGAUAUGCAAAAUGGGGGUUUCCCACAUGCAGAAUACAUCAUCAACUACUCCAAGAAGCUUGAAGAGGAUCUACAGACGUUCGGAAUGAAAAUAAAACAGCAUGAGGACAACAUUAAAUUUCUCAAGACUCAAAAAAACAAAUUUGACGAAUCCAUCCUUGAUUUGCAAGUUGUCCUAGGCAAGUAUCAUUCUUCUGGCACAACACCUGUGGCUGAAAACGAGGUUCAUUCCCAUCCUCAGAGUGAUGAGGAAACGAUGGAACAAAUUAUGCGACAGGAAAACUCUGCUGCUGGCAUUUUGUGUAAAUUGAGCACACACCAUGCUAUUCAGGCUUACAACCUCAUGUUCACCAAGGAUGUGUUGGGCAUUGUUGCUCGACUUGGAAAAGUAGAUGAUGAUAAUCUUAGCAGACUACUCUCUGAGUACUUGGGAAUGCAAACUAUGCUGACAGUUGUCUGUAGAACGUAUGAUGGAGUUAAGGCGCUAGAAACAUAUGACAGGGAAGGUUGCAUAAACAAAAGCUCUGGCCUUCAUGGUCUUGGUGCUUCAAUUGGGAGGAUCUUGGAUGGCCGGUUUAUCGUAAUUUGUCUAGAACAUUUGAGACCAUAUGCUGGUGGUUUUAUUGCUAAUGAUCCACAAAGGAGGCUUGACCUUCUAAAGCCAAGGUUACCCAAUGGGGAGUGCCCACCUGGCUUUCUUGGCUUUGCUGUUAAUAUGAUCAAUAUAGAUAGCACGCACUUGUUUUGUCUCACAGCCAAUGGAUAUGGUCUCAGGGAGACCCUGUUCUAUUCCCUAUUUUCUCGUCUUCAAGUAUAUAAAACAAGAGCAGACAUGCUGCAAGCUCUCCCUUGCAUAAGUGAUGGUGCACUUUCUUUGGAUGGAGGAAUAAUUAAGGCUACUGGUGUUUUUUGCUUAGGCAAUCAGGAAGAUGUUCAGUUGAGAUUCCCAAAGGCCUCGGUGAAAUCAAGCCUACCUGAAAACUACAUUGAAUCUGAGAGGCAGAUCAAAGAGCUCAAGUGGAAAAAGGAAAAGGUGAUUGAAGAUAUAAAGAGGGAACAAGCAUUACUGGACAAUUCUAAGCUCAGUUUUGAUAGGAAAAAGGCAGAGUUUCUAAAGUUCCUGGCUGAAAGCUCAUCAUAUGCAGCUCAGCAACAACUCUCAGCCAAGCCGGAGAGGUUGACACCACGGUGAAAUUUGCCGCAGAGAACCAAGUCUUCCACUGAACAACCUUAGAGGAACAGUGAGAGCAGUCAGCUACAAUAUUUACAUACUGUGAAAAUGCAUAAGCUUCUUAUUGCAUUUGGGAGGUAAGGUAAUUUUAUCUCAUGGCGAAACUGAAGAAUUUCAAGGAAAUGGAAUAGGCUGUGGCAUGAUCUCUUGUUCCUCACUAGAAUAGGCAUUUUUUAAUGCUUUCUGUCCAGAUUUAUUGAAACUAAUGUUAUUAACAGAGGAGAUAAUGGUUCUCUUGCCUUGAAGUAUUUUAGAUGAUUUGUGGUGGUCUGUAUUGGUCACCUUUAUCCUCAGUAAAAAAGGGCCCCUAUUAGUAUCUCUAAAUGUAAGAGUUGUUUUGGUUAAA